GCUAUUCCUCCCGGCUCAUGUUGUUGAUUCGAAAUAGCAGCUGGACACGCUCUCGCAUUUACUUCCUGUGGCUACGGCCUACAGCGACCCGCAGAAUUGGGCCCUCUUCACCGUCCUAGCAGUGAAUCAACCACGCUUAACGGCAAGAUCCAAUCACGACUUCAGCAUGACCUUGAAGUUAAGUGAACUUAACUUUUUCGCGGUCCUGAACCCGUCAUCCGCGAUAUGACAGUGCCUUUGGCUUUCACAUGUGGUUCGGCGUAUAAAUAUUUUUAUUUAAAUCCCCUCCUCACUCCUCCUUCAUCCUCUCCAACCCGCUUCGCUCUUCCGUAUCGCCAGAUCCACUUGUUAUUCUCCAACCUUUGAGGAGUGGUCAGGACCUCCUGCCGCUGGUUAUAGACUAGGAGAACUAACUGGCACUGCGGUGAAUAUCGGCGCUGAAGUGAGUUCCGGCACUGCACUAAGUUCCGGCGCUACACCCUAGAUCAUGGAGACAUCAUUCUCAAAUCGGCGAGAUCACCCACGCUUCAAGAACCUUGGCCUUUCUGAAAAUGAUGAUCUCAUCACCGACUCUAGACAAGGUGGCUUUCACGCAAACAACGACACCAUGACAGAUGCAAGUCACCACGACCAUACCCAUGAAAGCUCACCACUCCCCGGAAAUUUUAAUCCUUAUGCAUACGGCCACCCAUCUGCCCAACCCCCAAAAAUGUCUUCAAACCCUGUUGGCGCAGAGGCGUCCCAUACCGAAUCAAAGAACGUUUCAAACGAACCUGAUGCAUCCAAAGCCAGCUACGAAACAUUAAAGCUCGACGGUGAGACGAGAGAACAGACCUUGCAACGACUACAGGAGAGAGGUAUCCAGAAAGUCUACAUCAGCGCAUUGAAGAAUGACAAGGAUGGCCUCCAAACCACAAAUCUCGCAGAGCUCAAAACACUCCGUGUUGAGCUUAAUAACGGUGGCCAGCACUCAGAUCAGCCACAACGCAAAAAUCGGACUGAGGGGUCGGACAUAAGGGCUCCAGCGUGGAGCUUAUAUAGCAAUGCAGCCAGUUCAAUGGGCGAUCUUGAUUCGACCAGGGCCAUGGGUAUCGACGACAAAGCCGAAUUCGGCCGGAUGAUUUGCAGGGUCGAGCCUAAUGUCAUGGACUCUCCUCUGAAGGGUUGGGAUGGUAAUUUCCAACCUCCGCCAGAGGACUGGGAACAACGGGUCAAAUAUCAACUUCAUGCCGACAAUACCGAACAUCGACAGUGGCUUCGUAAUUGGCUCGAUUCCACAAUUCCCACAUGCUUUGCUCUGAGACGAGCACAAGUUCCCAACAUUGACUUUGUCAUUUACCCUAAAUCUGACGUUCUCGACGUUGCCAAUCAUGCUGAUGGAAUUGGUCUUGUUGCUCGUGACACGACAAUCGAUGCCUCAAACGGUGCCCACUAUGGCUAUGAAUUCAGGAGCGACACAUUCUUGAGAGUAGGGGGUGCGGUCGCAGACUUUGACGGCGAUUGUUCAAUGGAUCUAUCCUUGCCACAAAAUUUCAAGGUCAAGGACGAGACCACCAACAUGUACAUCCAGGCUAAGACUGGAACUCUUUUCCCAGAGAAACUCAAACAGACCGAGGCAUUCUCAAUCCGCAACGAUAGUCAACAGCCGCCAUUCAAACCUUUGCAAGAACCACGACGCCCCAAGGCCAACUUUUAUCUCAGACCUGCCGUUCGUUCUGACGUGCGUGGGAUGAUGGCCAUCUACAAUUACCACAUCAAAAAUGGCGUUCGACCAUCUGAGUUGAACGAGAUUGGCGAGUCCGAAAUGCACCAGCGCAUGGACAUGGCUCAGCAAUCUCGAUUGCCAUUCAUCGUUGCUGUUGAACGAAGCCGGGGAAAUUCUCGCAAGAAGACCGUGGCUCGCACAGCACAUCACACCCAUCCAAUCCAUAAUGUCGACACGACAUAUUCAGGCGUGAUCAAGGAUGAACAUGUCAUCGGCUGGGCCUCAGCUACUGACUGGUCCUGCUUCGAUUACGUGGAAAACAUCAGCGCUGAUCUCGAGUGCUUUGUGGCUCACAACUUUCGUCGAAACGGGGUUGGCCGCAGUCUGAUGGACGCAUUGUUGGCUGCCACAGACCCUGGAUAUACAAAAUCGGGUGAAUAUGACUUUCACGCAGCACAAGAAGUCACGUCCUUUUACACUGGCGGCGGCGUGCGAGACAUUAGCAAGCUCAUCAUCCAAGUACGAUCAUACAGCAAGCCCAUGACCCCUGAGGCUCAGUGGCUGCGCAGCCAACCCGUGAAUCCCGACCAUCCAUUUCUGCACGCUGGACGCCCUCCGGCUCAGCCCACGCCUCGCGCCCCAAAGCCAGACUUUAGCCCAGGCGUCAAGAUCGACGAUCGCGAGGAUGAUUACCAAGUCUGGUUGAAAAAGUGGCUGGAAAGCUAUGGCUUCGAAGAAGAAGCAUGCAUGCGGGCGAUCGGAACAAAACAUUCGCGUUACCUAGAUCUUCGAUACGUGACGCGCGGAACUGCAUGGCAGAAAUGUGAUGGAAAGGCACCAGAUUACCAAGCGUAUCCAAUUCAACUAGGUUGAAUUAUCUAUCGAAGGGCUGCUCUUCAUGCCUAUUCACUGCACGAAGACGAAGACGAAGACGUGCUAGACUGCAUUGAUCAGCGGUGCUAAGACGCAAGUUAGAGAUCGAAACUGAGUGGAAAGCGAAUCUCUUCUCGGCAUAGACGGAGAACAUGGAUUGACUACAGAACCCCCUUGGACAUUGGCUUUUUCAGACAGAAUUCACAGCAGGCGACAGGGGCGUAUGAAUGCGUUUUGAUGAUAACGACACAACACGGGCUUUUUGUUUUUCUUGUGCAGGCCAGGCUGAAGGCUGCAGGUACUAGGUAGGUAGC